AUGGCAGCAAGAACCCUCCGCAUAGGCCUUAUUCCUGGCGACGGAAUUGGCAGAGAAGUCAUCCCUGCUGGACGACGGAUCCUCGAAGCCCUGCCCGCAUCCCUCAAGCUGAAAUUCGAAUUCGUCGACCUUGAGGCCGGAUUCGAAACCUUUGAGAAGACCGGAGCAGCUCUGCCAGACAAGACCGUCGAGAUCCUCAAGAACGAAUGCGAUGGCGCCCUCUUCGGUGCUGUCAGCUCGCCCUCCAAGGCUGUCAAGGGCUAUUCCUCGCCCAUUGUCGCGUUGCGCAAACGCCUUGACCUGUACGCAAACGUCCGACCAGUCAAGAGUGUCAUGACGGCCAAGAACCCAAUCGACAUGGUCAUUGUCCGCGAGAACACGGAGGAUCUGUAUGUGAAGGAGGAGAAGACUUUCGAUGCCCCAGAUGGAAGUGGAAAGGUUGCGGAGGCUAUCAAGAGAAUCUCGGAGCGAGCUUCAUACCGAAUUGCUACAAUGGCUGGAGAGAUUGCUCAGCGGAGACAGAAGAUUAGAGACAGUGGUGUUCCAAGCAUACACAAGUCACCUCUGGUCACCAUCACUCACAAGUCGAACGUUCUGAGUCAGACUGAUGGACUAUUCCGAUCAACUGCUCGCGAGGCACUGGCCAAGUUCCCAAGUGUUGGUGUGGAGGAGCAGAUUGUUGACUCAAUGGUCUACAAACUCUUCCGUCAACCAGAGACAUACGAUGUCAUUGUUGCUCCAAACUUGUACGGAGACAUCCUGUCGGACGGUGCUGCUGCUUUGGUCGGAUCUCUGGGUUUGGUACCAAGUGCCAAUGUUGGAGAGGGAUUUGCUAUUGGAGAGCCAUGUCACGGAAGUGCUCCUGAUAUCAUGGGACAGAACAUUGCCAACCCAAUUGCUACGUUGAGAAGUGUGGCUCUGAUGCUGGAGUUCUUGAACGAGGAGACGGCUGCUGCUAAGAUUUACGCUGCAGUUGAUGCUAAUUUGGAGGAGGGCAAGUUCCUGAGUCCAGAUCUUGGAGGAAAGGCUUUGACGACCGAAGUGGUGGAGGAUAUCCUGAGACGAUUAUAG